AUGCCCAUCAUCAAGCCCGUCCGCACCGUCCUGUUCGAGCUCACCCUGGCCAGAGCCUUCUUCACCUACGUCUCCACCGAGUUCCCGCUCGUCCUCUCUUUGAACCCUGCCCUCGUCCACCAUGUGGCUCUCGUUGGUCACCUUCAGCACGGUGACACUGACAUGCUGCAGACUAUGCAGCAAGAAGCCCUCCAUCUCGCAGGGAAAGCCCUUGAUGAGUUUGAUAUCACAGACUCCACUGAGAUUGCACGCUUCAUCAAGAAGGAGUUCGACAAGUUGUAUGAUCCAGGGUGGCAAUGCAUCGUUGGUACUGAUUUUGGCUCAUUCGUCACACAUCACAGGGGUUGCUUCAUCUAUUUUAGUAUAGGAAGCCUUGCAAUCUUGCUCUUCAAGGGAUCAGCAGCUCCUCACGUCGAGACUGAGCGGUCAAUAGCGAAGGAGCUGGUGAAGGCAUGAAUCCUCUGCUUUUUUAUUAUUAUCCUCUGACCCUUAUUGUUGUUAUUUUAAAGGGGAUAAAUUGUAAUGUAAUGAGGAAUACAUCUCCUGUUUUGCUUCA